AUGGAGGCGCAGGUAGAGGUGCUGGCGCAGCUAGAGAGCUUGGCGUUUGAGCCUGCCACCGCCGGCACGGCUUCGGGCGAGAAGCCGGCAGCGAGCGCGGAGGUUGCGCCGGGCGAGAAGCCGGCGGCGAACGCGGAGGUUGCGCCGGUCGAGGAGCGGACGCCGAGCGUGGAGGUUGCGCCGGUCGAGGAGCCGGCGGCGAGCGUGGAGGAGGCUUCGGGCGAGGAGCCGACUGUGAAGGGGGAUGGUCCGCUGAACCCUCCAAAUCCCCGACAGGGCAGCGGGGAAGACCAGGCCACGCCGCCGUCAGCCGAAGGAGCGAACUGCUCGUCGUCGCCGGCAGGUCACGAAGGCCCUCGUGCCUCCUCCUCCUCGUCGGACUCGGACAGUGAUACCGAUUCAGAUACUUCAUCAACUACAUCCUUGUCUUCAUCAUCUUCUUCAGCAAUAUCUGAUGAAGACGAUUAUCCGAAUGGGAAGGAUAACAGAUCUUACUGUGUUAAAACAAAAGAUGAGUUGCUUAUUGAUGCACUGCCUCCUGUUGAAGACUUGUCAAUAAUUCUGCCUGAUAAUGUUGAACUGAAGCCCUUUGGGACAGUUUCCAGCAUCAUUGAACAGCUAGUAAUAAUCGAGUCACUGAGAGGCCUACCUCCAGUAAAUGAAGAGAGCAUAAUUUUUAAAAGAGAUCGACAAGCAGCAGGAAAGAUAUUUGAGAUAUUUGGUCCUGUUUUACAUCCCUUUUAUGUAUUAAGAUUUAACAGUUCUGAACAUAUCAAAGCAAAAGGUAUUAAUGUGCAAGAUGAGAUGUAUUUUGCUCCAUCAGUGGAGGAUUUCACCCAGUAUAUAUUUGCAGAGAAGCUAAAACAGGAAAAAGGUUCAGAUGCAUCUUGGAAGAAUGAUGAAGAACCUCCACCUGAAGCUUUGGAUUUCAGUGACGAUGAAAAAGAAAGGGAGGCAAAACAGAAGAAGAAGCCUCAAAGUCAAGGAAGGAAGAAACCGAAGUGGGAAACAAAUGCAUCAAGUGAGAAUAAAGGAAUUAAUCAGUCGAUGCCACAGCCUGCUUCAAAUUACUCAAGGCGAUACUGUGGCAGAGGAUUCUUCAGGAAUUCAGCUCCUCAUCCACCAGGUCCUCCAGGUUUUUUGAGACCACAAGUAAGACCACCACAGCAGUACUCUUCAGACAACAGAUUGUAUCGGGAAUCUCCAGUGUCUCCACAACCUCAAAGAACAGAACAUCCAGUGAUGCAACAGUAUCCCUUUCCUCCUCCAGUUUUUGGUUCUGUGAAUAACAUGCAGCAAUUCCACCUUCCGCCUUCAAGUUCGAAUAUGAUUUGGACAGUUCCAAACACAUACAGCUCAUCAUACUCAUUUUUACCUCCACCACCUCCACCUCCUACCCCUCCUCCUACUAGCCAGUCGUUUCAGUUCAGGCCUUACUAAGUUUCUGUAAACUUGUAUACAGAGCAUUUCAGUUUAAAGGGAGGGAGAACAGGCUGCCAAGAAUG